AUGCACGGAGGCGUAUGCUUCCGACUCGCCACACGGACCCAAGGCUUAGAAGUGGCAAGUCUUUGCGACGAUCGGAAGAAGUCAUUCAGCUUAGUCUUGACUCCCAGAACACAACUGCAGAAAGAGACUGCAUCCACGAAGCCCAAGUAUCCAUUAUGGUUAUCGGCCUUGACGAUUGGUUCUGGACAGCAUACUGUUUUUCUGAUGUUUACUUUAAGAGUGAAGAACACACAGAGCAGGUGGACAAUUCGGGUUCUGCGCCAGUUCACUCACGUUUUGUCCAAAACAAUCGACUCCUGGGACACGUUUAAAGAUGGAGAGAUUCGCUACCUCAACCUUCCUGACUCGGAAAAUUUGGCUGAUGCUACCUGGGGCAAUCUCCUGGCCGCUAUUGACAAAGACGUGAUUGAGCUUCGAGAUCUGCGCAGCUCCCUGCAGCAUAAAACAGAGCUGUUUGAAAACAUGACCAACAGUAUCGUAACACAUGCAGCGCAUGCAGAAACAAUCAUAACCAGACUUCAAAGCCAGUUUAUUCAAGCUCUGACAGUCAUCACAAUUUUCUACUUACCGCCUACCCUUGCUUCAUCGAUAUUCAGCAUGCAAGAUUCCAUUUUCACCAAUCCCAAGUUUAAAGACUGGCUCUUCACCCUGCUCGGCCUCUUCAUGGCAACAGCGUUACUGGUUCUUGCUGUACUGACUUUCAACCACCCACGUAUAUCGACAUGGCUCUUGCAGGUUUGGGCAUCCGUUACUAGAGUUCCGACUCACCUGCUUCAAGUGUUUCUGAGCAUCAGAUGGGCUUCAAACAGAGACGGACAACUUGGUCAAGAUCCGGAAGAGAUUGAGAUGGAUGAGCAGGACGACCCAGAUGCUCCUGGGGCUGGCCAGGUUUGA